AUGAAACCUGCAACUUACUUUGAUCAUGUAUGCUCCCUAGCUUGCAUUAUCUUGUUUCUUGAGUUGGUUUCAUCACCAAAACUUGCUUAUGCGGAUUCCACUACGCAGGCAGAAGCCCUUCUCAAAUGGAAAUCCAGCUUUCUGAAUCAAACCGGGAAUAACAAUCUCACCUCGUGGACUUCUUUCCCCGGUAACGCCACCAAUUCAUCAAGUGCAUGUAAUGUUUGGACCGGUAUUUCGUGCAAUGCUGCCAGAAGUGUCAACCGGAACAACCUUACUAAUUCUGGUAUAAAAGGUACACUGCAUGAACUCUCAUUCCAGUCCUUCCCUGAUCUUGAAUAUGUUGACCUCAGUGCUAAUGAACUUUUCGACACCAUCCCACCUCAGAUUAGUUCCCUCUCCAAACUUAUCUACUUUGAUGUGUCCUAUAAUCAGUUAACUGGGAUCAUACCAACAGAAAUUGGUCUCCUAACAAAUCUUCAAGUCCUCCACCUAAACGGAAACCAGUUAAAUGGCUCAAUUCCUGAAGAAAUGAGCCAGCUCAAAUCUCUUUAUGAGGUUGCUCUCAACACUAACAACCUAGAAGGGUCCAUUCCAGCCUUCUUGGGUAAUUUUACCAACAUGACAAAUUUGUAUCUCUUUGGAAAUCAGCUUUCUGGUGCCAUUCCUCCAGAAAUCGGAAACCUAUCGAAAUUGGUAGAAUUGUACUUGGAUGAUAACCAUUUAACAGGACCUAUCCCUCCAAGUUUUGGAAACUUGGAAAAUCUAACUGUCUUGUACUUGGCCUACAACAACCUUUCUGGUUCUAUCCAUUCAGAUAUAGGAAAGAUGAAGUCCCUUGUGCAACUGAGCAUUCAAUCAAACAAUCUUUCUGGUUCAAUCCCGGCAUCCAUAGGUGAUCUGCCAAACCUCACCCUUCUUUAUCUCUAUACAAACAAACUUUCUGGCAGUAUUCCCAAGGAAAUAGGGAACUUGAAAUCUAUGGUGGAUCUACAAUUGAGUCAGAAUCAACUAAAUGGCUCGCUUCCAUCUUCACUGGGUAACUUGAGCAAUUUAGCUAGCUUGUUCCUCCGUGACAACCAACUUUCCGGCUCUAUCCCGCAAGAAAUAGGAAAUCUCACUGAGCUGACAAUUGUGCAAUUGGAUACCAACCAAUUUUCUGGUUAUCUGCCCCAAAACAUAUGCAGAGGUGGAUUGCUCCAAAACUUCACAGCAUUCGACAAUGACUUCAUAGGUCCAAUCCCUGUGAGCUUCAAAACUUGCAAGAGCUUAUACAGAGUACGUCUCGAAAGGAACCUGCUGACUGGCAAUGUAUCUCAAGACUUUGGUGUGUAUCCAAAUCUUGAUUAUAUAAAUCUAAGCAACAAUAAGUUGUAUGGUGAAAUCUCACAAAGUUGGGGACAAUGCCCAAAGUUAACAAGCCUGCUAAUUGCUGGUAACAACCUUACUGGAAGUAUACCAACAGGGAUUGGCAAUGCAACUCAACUUCAGGUGCUUGAUCUCUCUUCCAAUUAUAUAGUUGGUGUGAUUCCAGAAGAUCUUGGGAGGCUAAGUUUGACCUGUCCACCAACAAAAUCAACGAGUCAAUUCCAAGCUUUGUAG